GGAAUGGUAAGGGUGAAUAGAUUAUUUCGUAUAUUAGUCAUUUUAUCUCACAGUUUUUUUAUAAGGUUUAUUUAGUAGCAUUUAUGAAAUCUGGGACGCGACUGCUUUUCAGAGUUACAUCACCUUUGUUUCUAAAAGGAAGUAAACUAUCUCAAUAUGAGCAAGAAGCCUUCGAGUCUCACCAGCGGUUCGUAAAGUCAGAAUCAUAUCCCGGCUCAAUUCGUGCUGCCACACCUGGCGACACUCGUUUUUAUAUUGGAGCUGUUGAAACUAUUCUGAAAGAGAACGAACGACAUUAUUGGCGUGCUGUGGUUGAUGAUCCUCAAGUGCAAUUUCUGAUACCCUUACGUAUCCGAUUCAAGACAAAUGUGUGGGUAACUAGUGGAUGGGAAACGAGGUUGCAAGUUGUUCAAGUAAUGGUUUCCAAAGAUGCGACAAUUAAAGAAGUUAUAAAUAACGUGAUAGUUGAGAAUCAGUCUCCUUACCUUUGUAUGAAUAAAUUUUAUCUAUCGAUUGAUGGGAAAGAGCUCGACGAGAGCAGAUCUCUGGGCUUUUAUGAGAUAUCUUCAAACACUCAGAUCGAUGCUAUCGAAGAACUUGAUCAUCUUUCGCAUAUGGAAUCUGCACGUCCAAAAGAUUGGAAUGUCGAUGAGAUCACAGACAAUGAUUUAAAGAAGAGUCCAUAUAAAGAAAUGGGUAUGGAACCGAAAUCUAAUCUUUCUCCACGAUAUGAAGGGAAACCGGCUGGGUAUUUUGGAAAAAAUAAUUACAGCGGAAUGAGGCAACGAUCCUCUUAGUGAAGCAAAGGGUAAAUUUUUUUUUAUUUUGAUAUCGAAAUUUUACUUUUUAAGUUACUGGUUUAUAUUUACCAUUUUUUUCUUUUCAA